AUGCUGCGCCGCAACCAUACUACCCUUGCACACACGUCCCAGGAUAAACUCCACCCGUCUGUAACACCAGCUCUAGCUCGAGCCUUUGAUGGCUUUUUUGGCCCACCGGCUCGUGAACUGCGUACCCCGAGUCUUCCGGCACCUACCCCACCUGCACGGAAGAACCAUACCGCACUUGCACCAGCUCCUUGCCCUGGUGUAUCUCCCGAAAUGAAGAGGGCAUUUGAUGGAUUCUUUGGCCCCCCAGCACGCGAGGAGGUCUCCUGCGUACCGAAAAGACGUUCGGUCGACACGCUACCCCCGUAUGAGCCUCGUGAAGUCCAGUCCCCGCUACCGGUCUAUAGCGUGCUGGGAAAAUACUAA